AUGGCUACCCAAACUCCCGCCGUUGUCAUGGACAACGGUACGGGUUACUCGAAGCUAGGUUUCGCUGGCAACGACUCCCCCUCGUUCGUCUUCCCCACUGCCAUCGCAACCAAGUCCGCCGCAGGAGGUGCUGGUGGCUCUGGAUCCGGCCGCCCGGCUGUUGCGAACAAACCCUCGUUCCUUACCGGUGGCGCCGGCCCUGGCGGACACCUGUCGGCGAAGCGCGGCACCGAGGACCUGGACUUCUUCAUCGGAGAUGAGGCCCUGGCCGCCUCUGCUGGCCCCGGCUAUGGCAUCCACUACCCCAUCCGCCACGGUCAGAUUGAGAACUGGGACCACAUGGAGCGUUUCUGGUCCAAUUCGAUAUUCAAGUACCUUCGCGUCGAGCCUGAGGAUCACUACUUCCUCCUGACCGAGCCUCCGUUGAACCCUCCGGAGAACCGCGAGAUGACGGCCGAGAUCAUGUUCGAGUCGUUCAACUGCGCCGGUUUGUACAUUGCCGUGCAGGCAGUCCUUGCGCUGGCUGCCUCCUGGACUUCGUCCAAGGUUACGGACCGCUCGCUCACGGGUACGGUCAUCGACUCCGGUGAGGGUGUCACCCACGUUAUCCCCGUCGCGGAAGGAUACGUCAUUGGAUCCAGCAUCAAGAGUGUUCCCAUCGCUGGAAGAGAUAUUACAUACUUCGUCCAGCAGCUGCUGCGUGACAGAGGCGAGCCUGACAGCAGCCUGAAGACGGCGGAAAGGAUCAAGGAGGAGUUCUGCUACGUCUCCCCCGAUAUUGUCAAGGAGUUCUCUAGGUACGACAGGGAACCCGAUCGGUUUGGCAAGCACGAGGUCAAGUACCCCAACGGCAAGAGCGUGACGGUCGAUGUCGGCUACGAGCGCUUCCUCGCCCCCGAGAUCUUCUUCAACCCCGAGAUCUACUCCAGCGACUUCCUGACGCCGUUGCCCAACAUUGUCGACACCGUCAUCCAGACCAGCCCCAUCGAUGUCAGGCGUGGUCUCUACAAGAACAUUGUCCUGUCUGGAGGCUCUACGCUGUACAAAGACUUUGGUCGUCGUCUGCAGCGUGACAUCAGGCACUUGGUUGACGCACGUAUUAAGGCGUCAGAGGCGCGCAGCGGUGGUGCCAAGAGUGGUGGCCUGGACGUCCAGGUCAUCACGCACAAGAGGCAGCGUCAUGGUCCCUGGUUCGGCGGUAGUCUGUUGGGUCAGACGCCCGAGUUCAGGAGCUACUGCCACACGAAGGCCGAGUACGAUGAGAUUGGUCCCAGCAUUGUCCGCCGCUUCGCUCUGCUCGGUGGCCCCGGCAGCACGUAA